AUUUAGGAGAAGCUUGCAGUGAGCAGCUAGAGCGCCACAGUGAUUUGUAUAGCUGAAUAUUAAAAAAACUGGAAGCCAUCAUGGCUCUGACCAGUGCCUUCAAGGCUGUUACCAACACGCCUGGACUGAUCAUCUGGAGGAUUGAGAAAAUGGAUCUAGUAUUGGUGCCUCCAAAAGCUCAUGGCAGCUUCUAUGAAGGCGAUUGCUACGUUCUCCUCUCAACCCAUAAAUCAGGCAGCACCCUGUCCUAUGACAUCCACUACUGGAUCGGAAGAUGUUCCUCCCAAGACGAGCAGGGCUGUGCCGCCAUCUAUACCACCCAGCUGGACGACUACCUGGGUGGGAUCCCCGUGCAACACCGUGAGGUGCAGGGCUACGAGUCCGAGCUCUUCAAGGGCUACUUCAAGCAAGGCAUCAUCUACAAGAAAGGGGGUGUUGCGUCUGGACUGAACCAUGUGGAGACCAAUUUCUACAGUGUCAGGAGGCUGCUGCAUGUCAAGGGCAAAAGGAACGUCGUGGCCACAGAGGUGGAGAUGAGCUGGGACAGCUUUAACAAUGGCGAUGUGUUCUUGCUGGAUCUUGGCAAAGUCAUCGUACAGUGGAACGGGCCAGAGAGCAACAAGCAGGAACGCAUGAAGGCUAUGCUUCUCGCCAAAGAUAUCCGUGACCGAGAGCGUGGGGGCCGGGCUGAGAUCGGGGUGGUGGAGGGUGAUGAGGAAGACGCCAGUCCAGAUCUGGUGAAGGUGCUGGAGAGUGAGCUGGGCAAGAAGCCACACGGAAUCAGACCUCCCGUCUCCGACGAAGUGGUGGAUCAGCAGCAGAAGGCCAACAUCACACUCUAUCGUGUCUCAGACUCUGGAGGGAAAAUGCAGGUCACAGAAGAAGCCGGACGGCCCCUCAUGCAGGAAAUACUGAGGCACGACGACUGCUACAUUUUGGAUCAUGGUGGAAUGAAGGUCUACGUAUGGAAGGGGAAAGGAGCCAGCAAGGUGGAGAAGCAAACAGCGAUGUCUAAGGCCCUGGAAUUCCUUAAGAUGAAAGGCUACCCUUCCAGCACCAACUUGGAGACGGUGCAUGACGGAGCAGAGUCAGCCAUGUUCAAACAACUCUUCCGGAAAUGGACAGUUCAGGACCAGACAGCCGGGCUGGGAAAAGCCUACAACAUUGGCAAAGUCGCUAAGGUCAGCCAGGAGAAAUUUGAUGCCACCCUCUUGCACGCCCAGCCAGAGCUGGCAGCCCAGGAGAGGAUGGUGGAUGAUGGGGCAGGGAAAGUUGAGGUCUGGAGGGUAGAGAACCUGGAGCUGGUGCCAGUGGACCAGCGCUGGCAUGGAUUCUUCUAUGGUGGAGAUUGCUACUUAGUUCUGUACACCUAUGAGGUGAACAGGAAGCUCCGCUACAUCUUGUACAUCUGGCAGGGACGCCAUGCCACGGUGGAUGAGCUGGCGGCCUCAGCGUACCAAGCCGUGGAGGUGGAUGAGCAGUUCAACGGGGAGCCCGUGCAGGUCCGAGUGAGCAUGGGCAAGGAACCGCGCCACUUCUUGGCCAUCUUCAAAGGCAAGCUUGUCAUCUUUGAGGGUGGGACAUCCAGGAAAGGCAGCAGCGAAGUUGAACCACCAGUGAGGCUCUUCCAGAUCCGCGGAACAGAUAGCUCCAACACAAAGGCAGUGGAGGUGUCGGCGACUGCUGCGUCUCUCAAUUCCAAUGAUGUCUUCUUGCUAAAGACCCAGACAAGCCAUUACCUGUGGUAUGGCAAGGGCUCCAGUGGUGAUGAACGAGAAAUGGCCAAGGAGCUAGCUGCAACCAUCUGUGAUGGACUUCAGGAGACCGUGGCAGAGGGUCAAGAGCCAGCUGAGUUUUGGGAGCUGCUGGGAGGCAGUGCCCUGUAUGCCAGUGAGAAAAGGCUACAGCAGGAGGUCCCUGAUCACCUUCCCCGGCUGUUUGAAUGCUCCAACAAAACCGGCCGCUUCGUGGUCAUCGAGAUCACAAACUUUACCCAGGAUGAUCUCAGUGAAAGUGACGUGAUGCUGCUGGAUACAUGGGAUCAGAUUUUCUUAUGGAUUGGCCAAGAAGCCAACAUGGCAGAGAGGAAAGAGGCGUUGACAACGGCUCAGGAAUAUCUGCAGACGCACCCCAGCGGGAGGGAGACUGACACCCCCAUCCUGAUAAUCAAGCAAGGUUUUGAGCCCCCCAACUUCACAGGCUGGUUCCUGGCUUGGGAUCCAUACCGGUGGAGCGAAGGGAAGACUUACGACCAGCUGAAGAAGGAACUGAGAGAAGCCAACAGCCUUGUCAGGAUCACAGAUGAUCUGAAUGGUGGAUCCCUUGCCCUAAGACCUGGGUCCUUGAGCAGCAGCAACUACCCAACCUACUCUCUAGAAAUCCUGCUGUCCAGCCAGGAUGAGCUACCUGAAGAUGUGGAUCCUGCUAAGAAAGAGAACUUCCUGUCAGAACAAGAUUUCGUGAGAGUCUUUGGAAUCCCCAGGGGAGAGUUUGCUGCGCUGCCCACUUGGAAACAGCUGAACAUGAAGAAAGAUAAGGGGCUUUUCUGAAGAAGAAGAAGAAGAAGAAGAAGAAGAAGAAGAAGAAGAAGAAGAAGAAGAAGAAGAAGAAGAAGAAUGCAGUGUUUAUAAAGGUGGAAGAGGAUCCACCUAUAUUCACUUCUAAAUCUAUUUGGGGCAGGCCCCAAAUCCAGAAACAGCUUGGCCUAUGCCGGGAGCUGUAGUCUCACUUUCAACAGUAUAUAUCACACUUGUGCCUAAUUGCGCUCUGGAGGGUGGUUUCAUAUCUUUACUCAAGGCGGCUGCUGUCCAGCAAGUUUGUUAUUAUUUUCUUUCUCUUCACUCUCACAAGUCUACAAUGGAGUCGGGUGAAGAAGACGGAACUGCCAAAGCUCAGAAAAUACAGUGGGGACCAGCACGACUCUCUGUGCUCUUGGCUGAAGCCCUGCUGCAUAUGAAUAAGUAGCCACAGAGUGGCUCUUAGAGAGCCUAGCCAAAUGAAGGCUGCUUGAUGGGGCUGCUCGUUUUGUGAAUUGGGAACCAAAAGUGUAGACCUAUAUUACAAAUAUUAAAAUUGGCUUUGCUGUCA